GCAUUUUCUUCCAAGUGACCUCCUCCUUUCCCUUUAACCCAGUGGUUCUGUAGUUCGUGGACCAGCAGCAUCAGCAUCUGCAUCACCUGGAAACUUGCUAGAAGUGGGGCGCCUACCCCUGGCAUAAGGCCCAGCAAUUUGUGUUGCUCCAAGCCUCAAAUUCGUUUUGGAAUGAAGCAGUGUAAUAACUGAAUGAAUUGAACUGAAUGUACUUCUUCUGUAUAAAAAGUGGAUAGUGGCUCACAUGUCAAAGGAUGACACGGUCACGCUCUAGAUCCCCUGGGUGGAAACACAGGUUUUCAUCACCAGUACCUAGAAAGCCUGAAUACUACAAGCAAAGAUAUUCUCAUGAGUAUUAUUGUUCCGACUAUAGGGAGGAUCUUGAAAGAUCCGCUUGGAGAAUGAAUGAUAAGGAACAUGGACAGAGUAAACCAAGGAUUUCUUCUCGUGAAGAUACACAUUACCAAUGUUAUGAACAUAGAUCACCUUCUCCAAGCAUAAGAAGCAGCUCUUUAGACAAUUUUUAUUCUUAUGAGCCUUACCACCUAUAUUCACCAAGAAGGGAUGAUAGAACUCCGUAUAUGUCCAGAUACUCAGGAGGUGCACACUACCAAGAUUAUCAGUGGAAUUGUUAUCCUCAGCAAGUGCAAGAAAGGUAUAUUCCUGAUGAUGACAGAGUUAGAAGGAGUGGAAAAGAAGGGACAUCACCUGAGAGGUCAAUAGCAGAGUCUUUUAGAUUUGAAGGAGAGUGGUAUGAAGAUGAGUUGAGUUACCAGAGGUUACAAGAUGAAAAAUAUUCUCAAUCACUUAGAAGAGGCUCUGAAGAUUUUGAGAGAAGGAGCUCUUUUCAGACAAGGUAUCCUGAGGAUCAUGAUUACAGAAAAUAUGAACAUACAUCAAAAAGAUCUCCAGGUAUGGAAAGGUAUGAAAACAGAGAGCCUUCCAGAAACUCACAGUGGAAGUCCAAGCAUUGUCUUUCACCUUACCAAGAAAAGAGAGAUCAGCGGAACCAUAGACACCACUCUCAUCGACGUGCUCAUCGGAAAUCCCCAGAGAGCAGUUCAGCAACCAGGGUAUCCAGGGACCGUCGCCGCAAACGUCGUAAGACCUCAGAUGGGGACCAGGACUUUUCGGAUGGAAGAACACAGAAAUACUCUAAGGAAGAAGAUAAAAAAGACACUUCUCAAAAUGGCUCUGCAAAUAGAGAGUCCAGUUGUUUUGAUGCUGGAAGAGAGAGAGAGAAUGAAGAUGGGCAAGCUAAAGAAGCUUCUAAACCACCUAAGAAAGACUGCACUGCCUCUACUCAUUCAAAUAAAAGUGAUGAUGAUUUGAGACCCUAUAAUGGCAAACGGAAGAAGAAAGUAAAGAGAGAAAGAGAAGCGAGAAGAGAGAGCACCUCUUCCAGUAAUCAACUUGAUGAAAGUAAACCUUCUGAUGUGAAACCUUCAUCUCCUAAUCUUAGGAAGAAAUCACUUAUAAUUAAAGUAGAUUCAAAGAAAACAGUAAAUACAUCCAGAGUUGCUUCUAGCAAGACAGAGAGACAGAUGUCACAUGAUUUGGUUGCUGUUGGCAAGAAAACUGAGAACUUGAAUCCAGUGUUUGAACAUCUUGACUCAACUCAGAAUACUGAAAACAAACCUACAGGAGAAUUUGCUCAGGAAAUCAUAAAUGUAAUCCAUCAAAUUAAAGCAAAUUAUUUUCCGUCACCUGUCAUUACUCUGCAUGAGCGUUUCUCGAAAAUACAAGGAACACAAGCUGCAGGUGUAAAUGAAAUUAAAUCGAAUUUAGAUCCAGAAAUUCACAGGAGACUAGAUAUAUGUUCGACCGAGUUUGAGAGUAGACAAAGUACGGUAUGUGAUUCAGAACAGACUCUGGUCAAAGUUAUAGAUCCAAAUGACCUACGACAUGACAUUGAAAGAAGGAGAAAAGAACGGUUACAGAAUGAAGAUGAGCACAUUUUUCACAUAGAUAGUGCUGCAGAGAGGAAUGACCAGCCUUCCAGUUUUUCAACUCAUAUUGAUAGCUUCCAAAACCCUAAAUGUGUUAUAAAAUCAAAUUCUAGAAAAUUUAUUCAGAAACCUUACGUGAGAGAAGACGACGUUACUGACAAACCAUUUGAAGAUGAAAGUGACCAUCAAAACACAAGAGACUUUAGAUCUUUUAAGGAAUAUGCAAACAUCGACACAGAAAACUAAUGGGAAAUUGUUACAAGUGGAAUCAACACUACAGAAUAAUUUGAGAAGAUCUCUUCAGGAGUUAGAAUUCCCACUAAAGCACUAAUACUGUAACUUUCUUGAUUAAAAAAAACACCUACAACUUUAUUUUUCUGUAGUGGAAUGCUUUAACUUUUUUACACUUACUUGGUUUUAAAUUACAGUAUUCAAUUAAAAACCUCUGUUAAGUACAGUUUCUUUUGCAAAAAGUCUCAAAAGGGCAUUAUUUGUUGAAUUUUUCUCUGAGCAUGGUUUCAUAGGGAAGUUAACUGGGUUAUAUCCAAAUGUUUAUAUGUUGAAAGUUUUGCUUAUAAAAUAAAAAACAAAAGUAUCUGAAUUGUAUAGUGUCUGUACAUGAAAGAACUUUAAACAGUGGCCUUACGGUAGCAAAUUUUAUACCAGAUUUUUCUUUUUCUGAUGACAUUUUGACUUAUAACUUGAAGUUUUCUUAAGUUUCUGAAGUUCAAGGCUUGUAUAAUUCAUACAUUUCAUAUUAUGAUCUAAGAAGGUGAGAGAAAAGGUGCUUCCAAAUAUUCCAUCAGGUAGUUAUGAGUGCACUGAAUUUUUAGUAAUUGUUUCAUUCAAUUUUUUUCCAAAGCUAUUUGCUCUUUUCGAGUUUUAAAAUGCUAUUGUGGAAAAUAUGUGAAGAUUUUGUAAUCUAUAUUCCAUGUUACUUUCCCUCAGGGCAAGCUUGUGCAUAUCAUAUUUUUAAAGGCCUUUAAAAAUUUGACAGUCUCAUAUUUGGAAAUUGUACUUUACUACUACAGCAUUACACAUUUUGCAAGCAUAUAUUAUAAAGUGUUUAUUUUAAAUUCAGUUGUAUUGAAUACUAUGUAUAAGAUAGAAUCGAUGGUUAUAAAUGACAUUUUAGGCUUUAAUAUCUUAUUUCUUUUUGUUUUCUGUGUUCUGCUUAAUAGUACCUAUACGUUCCCAAUUAAAUUUUUGUGAAAUGUUUAUUGGUAAUAAAACAAAAUGUUGUUGUUA